UUAACAUCAGCCCACGUACAAACUCUCUCCUGAGCCACAUGGCACAUACCCACAUCCUCCACCACAUUCCAUAUUUCAUUGCUUUUUAGGGCUUUAAAGCCGCAAAACCCUCCAUUGAACCAACCUCUCGUCCACAUUUAGGUUUAAACAAAGAACAGCAUUCAAUGGGAAAGAAAGAAGAUGGAGAGGAGAACCACCACCACCACCAGCACCGCCGCGACAACCACCGCCACCAGCAGCAGCAGCAGCAGGGUGAUCCUCCUUUAAUGGCGUUGAAUCAUGUGUCGAGGCUUUGCAGAGAUGUUAAAAAGUCUGUAGAAUUCUAUACUAAAGUUCUGGGCAUGGUGGAAACCGAAAGGCCGCAGGCUUUGGAUUUUGAGGGAGCUUGGUUGUUUAAUUAUGGUAUUGGGAUUCAUCUUGUUCAAGCUAAGGAUGAAGCUAGGUUACCUGAUAUUCAUCAGAACUUGGACCCUAUGGAUAAUCACAUUUCUUUUCAGUGCCAAGAUAUGGAGGAAAUGGAGAAAAGAUUGAAGCAAUACAAUGUGAAGUACAUGAAAAGAACAAUGGAAGAUGAAGAUCAAAAUGGAACGAAAAUAGACCAAUUAUUUUUCGACGACCCGGACGGAUUCAUGAUCGAGAUUUGCAAUUGUGAGAAUGUAAAACUUGUUCCUUCUGAUGCUUCACUUGCCACAGCUAUUAAGCUUCCUACGGAUCGCCAUAACCCACCUCUUGAUACGCAAAAUGGCACCACUAAUCACUCGGAACCACAAAAUAAUUAGCAUUUGUAAACAUAAUAGGCAAGACUAAAAUCAUGGUGGGCUGUUUUAAUUUUUGUCAAUUGUAGUAUAUGUUACUUCUUAAUGUAAUAUUAGUAGUAAGGUAUUUUUGUUUUAGCAUUUAGGAGUUUGUAAUUUUUGUUUUUUUAAUUUUGUUAUGUAAUUGA